AAAACUUUUGUAAACCGGAGGAAAGAACAAAAUAUCCGUCGUCGCUUUAAAUUUUCACACAUUCGCAUUAGCCCACCAGUGUCUCUUUCACGUUCAUGAUGGCGGGGCUUGGGCAAGUGAGUUUACGUAAAACGGGUCAACACAUUUUCGCACGAAACAUUUUCCUGCGACCAAAUGCUUUUUAUUCAACAACCAAAAAUAAUCAAAAAAAGGGUGGCCCUGCAGUGAGUACCAGUAGCAGCAGUAUUGAUUCGGUGGGAAAAUCAUUGGCCUCUAAAGGUUUUCUUCGUCCAUUCAAGUCCUACGAAGCUCCUAAUGAUGCCGCUGAUAAAAUAAACGCCAUUUGUACUAGCUUAAAUAUAUCUUCUAAGAAUGAUUACAAACUUUCGAACUUGGAGGAAAAGUUUAAAGUUCUCGAUGCAUGUUUCAAGGAUUUCCAACAUUCAGUACCAAAUUCUCAGGUCCAUGAGAUAAACACUAUUGCUGACGUAAUUAAAUUCUACAAGUCAUCAGUUGAUACAACUGUACCUUAUGAUGCUCUGAAAAAAGCUGACCUACCACCAAAUCUCCACAUCCAGUCUCAAUAUUUGCGAUUUAAUCCAGAAACUGAUACCAAAUUCAAUGGACAAACAGCGUUUCCUAAGAGUUCAACACUUGUUACUGGACUUAAAUACCGUGAGAAAUAUCCCGGACAUAUUGCUAAGCGUUCUUUCCCUUAGAUUGUGCCUUUGUUCAAGUUUUUGUUUUAGAAAAUAAAAAAAAAAAAAAAUU